AUGUUAACUUUAGGUUUUGAAAUUGAAGACAAAGCAAUGUUUAGAUCAUUAACAAAUUCAUUAUUACCUAAGUGUAUAACAGAAUCUACAAAUGAUAGAUAUUAUGUUAUGUUUACCAAUGGUAGUAGAUUUGAAGUAGUAAAUAUUGAAGGGUUUAACUUUAUAGAUAUUUCAUCUAUAAAAACAAUAGAAUCGAAAAUGUUAUUCGUUGCAGAGAACUUCAGUCAAAUAAAUAAAAAUGAAGGUUUUAUAUUAUCUAGAAAGUACAACCUUCAUGACUACUUAAAAUCAGACAAACUACCAAAACAAGCUUUCUAUUUUAAUGGUAUGGUAGUAAUCACCUAUUUGUCAGUGUCAAUCGUUCAUGGUAAUUCAGUUGGCUUUCUAGGUAAAUGCAUUGUUAGAUACUUGGACAACAAUCAUAUCAAUGGAGUAGCGCCAGGCGAAAGAAAUAUUAAUUUUGGAAACAAUUCCUAUACAACUGAUAAUGCUUUGUCAUUAUAUCCAGUACCACCAAGUAUUAUCUUUACAAAUCCGUUGGUUGUGGAAUGCAGAAGAUAUUUCGAAAAUCCAUAUGUUAAUGUUGUACUGGGUGUGCAUAUAUGGGAUAGAAAACCUCAAUUAAAUGGUACAUAUAAUGCUGUAGCCUUUUAUUAUAGACGUUCGGAGUUAGGUCCAAGAGCUGUUCGUGUGAUAUCGUUUGGAUCAACUGUGACCACACGUUCAAGAGAGAGCAAACUUUUGACUUACUCUGGUCUCCAAGAUGGCGAUUUAGAGGGUCAUUUGUGGAACCACCCAAACCCCGUCAUUGACUCGGUUGCUCCUUAUAUUAUUUCAAUUCCAGCAGUAGAUAUUUUUGGACAUGGACAUAUAUACCAAAACCUCCCAAACUUAGAAUUUGAUUUAUUCCAACUCAAAGCAAAUAUUGAUGUUGUUCCAAACUUCUCUAUGGACUAA